AUGAAACGUCAGGGUUUCAAGUUUGUCAAGGGCCGACCCAUCAGGAAACGAAAGCCCAAGACGCCAGAACCAAGUGCGAAAGCAACCCAAGCCACCACUCUUGCAGAAUUUUUCAGUUCGUGCAAUCAACCAGACUGUCUAUCCAUGCCAAACCAACCGCGAUCCUCGGACUUCGAGAUCCCAACUUUCACGUCAGCUCUUCCUGCGACAUCAUUUUACGAGGAAGAGGAACUUGAUGCGUCUAGUACAAGAUCGGAAGCACCUCAUGAAGACCCUCCGCAGGCGGUAGUGGUAGCGCCGAACGUGGAGGUGCCGGCUGGAACGAUUUUUCCCCCUGACUUGACAACCUUUGAAAACGCGUGGAAUGCUACGGCUUCGCUAGAUGGAUUUCUCUCGGAGUUCAACCUGUCUAUGUCAUCUUCCCCCUACCUUGGCCCUUUGACAACAGUAUUCGAAGAAGUCAUCAAGGAGGACCCGAUCAAUUAUCGCAGUGCAUAUCUCCAACGAAGCCUAGACAUGUCAGUCUUACCAUGUGGAGGAGUUGAAGAUGAGCCUGCGCACGACGCAUGGUUUCAACUACCGGUUGGUGUCCGCUGGCAAGAUCUAUCCCACAAGUACAGUGGAAUAUUUACAAUGUAUGACGAGGAAUUUUGCAUAACGCCAUUGAGCAUGGACUGCCCGACCAACCCGUUUCGCGUGAAUCGGAAACACUUUGAAAAGUCCGCUUUCCUUCUACAUGCCAUAAUGGCCAUUUCUUCGCAGCACCUGGCCAAAAAGAGUAAUUGUUCGGCAUUGGCAAGUCAAACAGAGAUACAUCGAUCCACAGCAGUGCAGAUGUUCACUGAGGCCUUAUGCCAGUCAAACGACAUCACCUUUGCGCUUUUGGAUACUCUUAUCAUACUGGUCAACUUCGAACUAACGCAGUCCGCAUCUGGGAUGUGGGCUAUGCAUUUGGAUGGCGCCCAUACACUUCUUGAAGGUGCCGGUGCCGUCAAAUGUUGUCAAAGAAGUCCACGGCUUCGUGCACAAAUUGCAAUGCUUGUCUGGUGGGACGUCACCGUCGCCUUCCUUGAGCGGAGAAAAUCACGUCUCCCCAUGCCAUACUUGGAAGCUUUGGUUGAAUACGACGAGACCGAUGGUUGGUCGUUCCUGAUACUGAACGGAUGCCCUCCGGAAUUUGUGCUGGCCAUGGCACGCUUGGCUGACUUAGCAGUCAUCUACGAGAAGAUCACUCAUCUGCAGUGGGCGAUAUUCGACAGACAUCCUGUCGAUGCUAUUUUUGAGGAAGUCAAAUGCUACGUCAAUCACGAAGAUGUGAAUUUGGAAAACUUAGGGCGCCCUGGGGACAACCUCAAUGACAGGCGGGAUCGAUUCCACUGCAUUGAGGCCUGGAGACAUGCCGUCCUUCUUUACAUCUGUCGAGUCUUUACCCCAGAGCAGGAUUCAUAUCAGAUUCGGUUGAUCGAUCACCUUUCUCGUUCCAUUCUUGACCAUGCCCGAUGCAUAACUGAACACAAGGUCAUCCAGAAGCAACUACUCCUUCCCAUAUUCCUUGCAGGUUCGGAGUUUGGGGAUCACUGCAGUCGCUCUUUCAUUCGCCGAUAUUGUACACACUGGAGCAAUACCUCCCGAUUUUACAUGUUUGAGACUGUGGCGAUGCUGCUGGAAAGCAUAUGGGAUGAUUGGGAUAUCUCAACAAGAGAUGUGUACUGGUGGGGCAAAAGUAUUGGCCGUCAAAGGUGGUCUCAGGCGAAUAGUCAUGAACAGCCUCUAGCACUGGAGCUGCUGUUGGGUUGA